CGUGACGUCACUUCCCGCUCUGCCACCCUCGGGACGUCGCCAUUUCGGAGUGGUGUAGCGAGUGGCGCUGUUCGAGGUUUGCAGAGUGAGCUCCGGUUAAAAACCCCGCGCAAUGGAUGCGAACAUGAAGGCCGAAGAUUUUCAGUCCUCCAACGAUGGAUCUGAGUACGGUCCGAGCCUUGCAUCGCACCUGCAGAAGCAGCCACCGGACUUCCCAAUUGUGGGGUUGAAGUGUAUUAUGGAGCACCAAAAUGAAGGAAUGGCACUCACGUAUUCGUGCAGUCAGUGCAACGUGGAGGGCACCAUGCACCUGGCCGCAGCUUUGGCCCACAUCCGCGGCUAUAAGCACAUCCACAAGUAUCUGCAAUCGUUUUACCCUGAGAAGUUAAGCGCGAUUGGGCCAGAAUGUUCAAAGUCUGAGCAGCUGCAGCAGCUUAUACCAAUGGCUUUGGAAGUAAUGCAGUUGGAAGGCUGGACUGCUGACCAGAUAAGCAAAACCAAAAUGUAUGUUAAAAAACCUACUUAUGAAGAUCAUAUUGAGAAAAAAAUUGUGCGUAUCGAAGGGAAAGGUCUGAAGGAGCACAUUAAUGCUUGGUCCAAGAGUGAGCCCCUGCUUGGUGUGGAACACAUUAUCGAGAAUCGACAUGUAGGGAGGCCUUCCGAACUCUACUACACAUGUGACCUGUGCUCAGUCUCUUCCACGAUGAUCAGCAUCCUCAGCCAUCUGGCCAGUGGAAAACACCGCACCAAGUACCUGCAAACGUAUCAGCCGCUGGAGGAGGCUACAAUUCCCAAGGAGCUGAAGGGGUCUGAGCGCAUGAUGCGUAUACGUGAUAUUGCUAAAGAGAUCGUCAAGAAGGAGGGAGUGAAAAACUUCAAGGUGAAGAUGUUGAAAACCGAUGAGUUCAAGCCCCCUGUGCCUAUAGCACGCCAGACUGACAAGAAGGUUAUUAAACGACCGUAUGUAGACGCUCCAGACGGGAAGUUCAUGGCAAACAAGAUGCCUCGCUUUGGCAUGGGACCCCCUCCACCUCCACCAUUCGGAAGAGCAAACUUCUUACAUCGUGGGGGGCCCUACGGCAUGGAUCGCAAUCCCAUGUUUGGACGGGGGGCACCCAGACCGAUGGGGCCACCUUUACCACCCCCCCUGGUUCCCAGAGAUCCAUACGGAUAUGAACAAAGGCAACGUUACCAACCUCCGCAAGCAAACUUUUACGAAGAGGAAGAUGAUUAUCUACCACCACCACUGCCACAGGGGAGACUGACAAAUGAUCAAAUUCUUGACAGCCUGGUCAACUUUAAAAUAGCAGGAGAGGAGGAGGCGUCUGCAGCCCUCAAGGCAUCCAACAUUCUGACCCAGGCCCUGCUGCAGUACCGUCUGAGAGACAUUGGCCGUCCGGAACCAAGGGAAGCACAAAUGGGCUUCAAUCGCACCCGGAGUUACGACGACGGCUACGCCUCUGAUCUGCCUCCCAUGAGGAACUCGGGGAUGUCUCCGCUCCGCAUGCCCCGUCCCCCUGGGCCCCCGCGGCCCAGUGCCAUGCCCAUGAGAGCCAUGGCCUCCGCUGGGACUGCAUCCAGAAUGAAUGACUACUCCUACUCGCAGUAUGACUCUUACAUGUGAACCGCUAGUCCAUUCUCCUUGUAACGCUACACCAGUUAUUGCAAGUUACUGGGGGGGGGUCGGUCUUUAAAAACGAGACCACCCCGUUCUCUUGAGUUCUCACCUGGUUCAACCCUAAAUAGGUCUUCAGAAUAAUUUUUUUUUUAUCAAUUCCGUAUUUUCAUCCAAAUGUCAUUCUACCAAGUAUCCAUAAUCUUUAUUGAUGUACUAAUGCUUAACAAAUACAUUGUAGAUUGUUUCAAAGCAAUGUGUGUUAAUUUUGCUCGAGAAAUGUGACAAUUGAAUAAGAUUGUACACGCAGGAUUUAACAAUUUUCAAAAAGUUUUGGACUGGAGCUGCUUGUGAAAAAUAAUGCAACUCUUCCAAAAACUGUGCUUACUCAACAUAGGUAAAACAUGUUUCGGCACUUAAAGACAUGUAGUUAAUUUUGUGGAUCUGAAAAUAUUGAUCAAGAACACACAGUUUCAGCGUUAGCCUUGAGCGUCCACAAGCAGAGAACAUCUACGGCUCAUCCAACAGCAGCAACGGGCUGCUUGAGUUCAAAUGUCGUGCCCCAAGAUUGUUUUGUAAUUCUUCACUGUUACACUUUCUAGUAAACACACAUGUUGUACCACAUUUGUUGCAUUGAGUAAAGGUGUGGAAAUAAUAAAGUUUUUUUU